AUGUCUCAACUCAACUACGCCCGCUACGGCAAGGACAACGUCCGCCUGUACAAGGUCCACAAGCACCCUGAUGGCACCCAGUCCGUCGUUGAGCAGACCGUCCGCGUCCUCCUCGAGGGCGAUAUUGAGACCUCGUACACUCACGCGGACAACUCUGUUGUUGUAGCUACCGACACCCAGAAGCACACCGUCUACGUGCUGGCAAAGCAGAACCCCGUCACUCCCCCCGAGCUGUUCGCCUCGAUCGUCGGCACCCACUUCAUUACCAAGUACUCGCACAUUCACGCUGCCCACGUCAAGAUCGUCACCCACAAGUGGACGCGUAUGACUGUUGAGGGCAAGCCGCACCCGCAUUCCUUUGUCCGCGAUGGCGACGACAUCCGCACCGUUGAGGCUGUCAUCCGCGAGGGCAAGGGUAUCUCUAUCAAGAGCGGCAUCGACAGGCUGCUUGUGCUUAAGAGCACCGGUUCCGCCUUCCACGGCUUCCACCGCGACGAAUACACGCGCCUGGGCGAGACUUGGGACCGCAUCCUGAGCACUGAGGUCAAGGCCGAGUGGGAGUGGAAGACGUUUGCCGGCCUUGACGACGUCAAGAGCAAGGUUCCCAAGUUCGACGAUGCCUUCAACGCGGCUAAGACCAUCACGCUGGACACUUUCGCCAAGGACAACAGCGCCAGCGUGCAGAACACCAUGUACAAGAUGUGCGACCAGAUUUUGGCUGCGGCGCCGCUUGUCGAGACUGUCAGCUACUCGCUGCCGAACAAGCACUACUUUGAAAUCGACCUGAGCUGGUUCAAGGGCUUGAAGAACACCGGAGCGGAUGCCGAAGUUUUCGCUCCUCAGACUGACCCCAACGGUCUCAUCCAGUGCACUGUUGGUCGCAAGGGCUCCAAGGCGAAGCUGUAA